AUGAUUCAUGGCUUUAUCGACUUUGCUGCCCGAUCGGACACUGCCGCGGCCAGCCGUACCCUGGAUAUUGCAAAUUUGCAACACAGCGAUGGCCCCUCCGGUUCUUUGAUGAAUCAUUCCGCAACUUUACAUAUACCUAUCCAAAAGCUGCAGGGAUUAGUAUCCUCAUUUCGGAGGCAGUACCUGUGCAAUUAUGCACAAUCACUCCUCGUUGUGUGGACCAAAUACCCCGACCAAACUACGUAUAAGCUCUCCUCUCCAAUUCACUACCUACUUACUUCCGAGUUCAUUCACGACUACUUUACCAACACCGCAAAUCCCCAGUUUUCGCCUUGCGUCAUGUAUACCUCACAAGUCAUUCGCCCCCUCCUACGCCAGGCCCCGCGCGCCAUCUCGCACGCGCCGCGCCGCUUCCUCAACACCGACACGGCGCCAGUGCUCUACUCCGCGCACGCGCGAACCAUUGGCGCGCGCAACGGCCACGUCGAGGGCAGCGAGGGCCUCAAGAUGGAUCUGGGCAUGCCCAAGGGCCUGGGCGGCGCCGGCGGGCCGGGCAAGACCAACCCCGAGGAGCUGUUCGCGGCCGGCUACGGCGCCUGCUUCCAGUCGGCCAUGAACCUGGUCGCCCCCAAGAUGGGCGUCAAGAUGCCAUCCAAUGCCGAGGACAGCGUCGUCGAGACGACGGUGCACAUGGUGGGCGACCUCAAGAAGGUGGAUCUCGGCAUCCGGGUCGAGAUGGUCGUCAAGGUCAAGGGCGUCGGCAAGGAGGAUCUGGAGAAGCUGGUCGAAAAGACCAAGGAGACGUGCCCAUACAGCCGCGCUACCCAGGGGAAUGUCACUACCAACAUCAAAGUCGAGUCAUUGUAA